UCUUAUCUCCAAUCCACCCACUUUUUUUGCCCUCACUUACUAUUUUUCCUGGUCUUCCGUUCUAUAAAAUCUUUUGUUUCGUUAUCCGCUUCCGUCUGCCGACAAAUGUGAUUCUUCACUGGGAUCUUCGACACAGCUUUUUAGCAGCUACUUUUCGGUUACAUUUCUGAUUCUGUAUGCAGUACCAAGUCUCUGUUGAUUUUCAGCAUAACAAGUCAACUGCUCAAUCGCAUUACGUCCCCACCAAGAUUUUCUUUUGGCGAGGCAGCAAGCGUCGGACAUAUUCCGGGCCAGCUGAAGAUCGGUGGCGACAACGUUGGACCCCAGCUGCUCUGUACGUAGAAAUUAUCAGUCAUUCGAGAAGCGAGGCAGCAAGCAACAGAAACUAUCAUUCUUCGGCCAACGUAUGCAGAGAGAGGAGUAGCAAGCGCAAUGGCUGAUGUCUUUCAAGAUGAUGAAAGUCUCUGUGAAUCCAUUCAAGUUGCAGAACCGCUGCCUGGCAAAGAAUUAGAGCAGAUUAUGACGAGAUUAGAAGGAAUUGAGAAUCCAGAUCAUAUUUCAACCGUGGCAGUCGAACAGUUGGUGUCCCUGUUAGCUGGAAGAGUCUGUAUAGACGGAACAGAGGACAAUUUUCUGGGUGCCCACUUGUUCACCAAAUUCUGCCCUGUUUGGGAGGCAUACCUCGUGAAGAAUCCGAAAAUCAGAGCAAGAGUCGAUCCCUUUUAUGUGAUUUCUAGGCAGCCCUUUCCAGCGAACUUCAGUGAAGCAGUGGCUCGCUACACCGGAGGUGCGAGGUUCACCUUCACCAAGCUACCAUCGAGGAUAGGAAACUUCGAAAAUACGUGGGCUUUCCCCAACAGAGAUCACGGCCUCCACUUUCUGGGACACAUGUCCACAGCCUGCCCCAAUGCAAGGUUCAUCACCAUAAACUCGAGUGUACAAGUGGUCAUUUAUUAAAAUCGGAAAUACUGCUGCAAUGUGACUGGCGUACGGGAGUUUAGAUUUGUCCUCAAGAUGGUCGAGCUCAAAUUAGUCUCACUCAUUCACAUGUUUGAUCUUAGAUCAACUUUCGUUAUGGAACUCGACUGGUCAGUUUCCCUACAAAACCCCGUUCAGAAUCUCGUGGAUCGAUGCGAAUUUUACGUUUUCCUUCGCAAGGAUGAUUAUCAUCAAAGCUACAACCCUUUCAUCCACAUUGCUGACUGUCACAACAAAAGCAACUCUUCGAUUUCGUUCUCGUAUUUGGAUGACGUUCUCGAGAUUGAGAAUAGGACGGGCCCAGCUGCAAUACCAAAAUUGAAGAUUAAAGGAAGAGGGUCGAAAUGGUUGAUUAUCUUUCAUUCUAAUUUCGUCGUGGCAC